GGGGAGAGGGAAGUCGGGGAAGACACUGGCCACCGGCCGCCCUGCCGCUUGCGCUUGCGCUCACCGAGGGGUUGCCGCAUCGCAUCGCACUCGCACUGGUCACUCCGAGCGAAAAUCACAAACAUUAGCUGUCAACGACCUCGGCGUGUUGCGAUGAUCGUUGGCAAGUUGUCCAUACUGUCAACGAUGACAGGCAGAAACGCCAAAGCUGCCAUCAACUUGACAACAAGUGUUUCAAAGUACUCAACUGCAGCAAGCAUGGCCAAUCCGAGGCUUGCCGGCAAAGUGGCGAUUGUCACAGCUUCCACGGAUGGGAUUGGUUUUGGUAUAGCCCGCCGUCUUCUGAGGGAAGGAGCCAGUGUUGUUGUCUCUAGUCGCAAGCAAAAAAAUGUUGACGAAGCAGUAAAAGCACUCCAAACUGAGGGUUUGAAGUCUGUCACCGGAAUUGUUUGUCAUGUGGGCAAGAAAGAUGACAGAUCUAAAUUAUUUGAGGAGGCCAAGAAAAAAUUUGGAGGGCUUGAUAUUUUAAUUUCUAAUGCUGCUGCCAACCCAACUGUUGGUCCGGUUCUUGAUUGUGAGGAGGAUGCAUGGGACAAAAUUUUUGACAUUAACGUGAAAUCUGCCUACCUAUUGUCCCAAGAAGCUUUGCCUCUUCUGCGUAAACGAGGGGGUGGUUCCAUUGUGUAUGUUGCCUCUAUUGCUGGGUUGCAGCCUUUCCCGCUUCUUGGGGCUUACUCUGUCAGUAAGACUGCAUUACUUGGACUUACUAAAGCUGCUGCCCAAACUUUGGCUUCAGAAAACAUCAGAGUCAACUGCCUUGCACCAGGAGUCAUCAAAACUAAAUUUGCACAAGCAAUUACAGAACCUGAAACAUCAAGAGAUGUGGCUCUGCAAUCUAUUCCAAUGCAAAGGUUUGGCACCCCUGAUGAAAUGGGUGGAGUUGUAGCAUUUUUAUGCUCAGAUGAUGCAGCUUACAUUACUGGUGAAACAAUUGUUGCUUCAGGAGGAAUGCAGUCCAGAUUGUAGUUCUCGCACUUUCUGGCUUUGGCUCUGUUAUUUUUUUAUGUGUCCGUUGGCCAGUUUUCAACAAACAUAUUGCUUAUGACUUUGCUCAACUGUAGUUUUAAAAGUAAUAUUUUUAUAAUGAACUGUUUUUACAAGUGAUAUGGUAUGAAGGAAGGCAAUUAAAAACUUUAAAACACAA